AUACGCAAUCCCUAUUUUAACCCCUUAAAUGCAAUCAGUCCACCAACUGUGAGACCCCCGCAGGAAGGAGCCAAACCCAGGAAGGCAAGACCGAAUUUCGCCGAAAUUUAACUGAAAUUUUCAAACCCUAUGGCAUGACACGACCUCGUCCUCUGGUGUACUCUGAUAAACCCUCCUCUUCUAGUCUUCUCUGGUUUCAGGCUCUCUUAUUAUAGUUUGGCCUAUGAAACCUUAAUCGCCAUUUUUGGUCCUUCUUCUGAGCUUGAGAACUCCCCCUCUUCUGCUCUUUAAUGGAGGGCAGGCAAAGCAUGGUCGAGAUAACAAAGGCCAUUCCUCCUCCUGGUCCUAUUGCUCAGGUUCAGACGAAGUUGAAGGAGCUUGAGUUAGGGUUUAAGACAUGGCUUUCGAAGCAGUCUUUGCCAGUCGAGGCGGCCAUUGUUACUGUGACAAGUGCGGCGCAAGGGGCGGCCAUUGGAGCUUUCAUGGGAACCCUAACUGCUGAUGCUACUUCUUCUCUUCCCACUGCUCCUCAGGCUGGGCUUAACCCUCAGGCCAUGGCUUCUCUCAAACAAGCUCAGGCUCUUACAGGUGGUCCUCUUGUGCAAGCUCGUAACUUUGCGGUCAUGACAGGUGUAAAUGCAGGGAUAUCUUGUGUCAUGAAACGAAUUCGUGGGGUGGAGGAUGUGCAGUCUAGUAUGGUGGCUGCUUUUGGUUCUGGGGCUAUGUUCUCAUUAGUCAGUGGCAUGGGGGGUCCAAAUCAGGCAGCCAAUGUCAUUACAUCCGGGCUUUUCUUUGCUCUUGUUCAAGGUGGACUUUUCAAGUUAGGUCAGAAAUUCUCUCAGCCACCAGUAGAGGAUGUCUAUUACACCAGGACGAGAAACAUGUUGACAAACCUUGGACUUCAAAACUAUGAGAGUAACUUCAAGAAAGGUCUGCUAACUGAUCGUACGCUACCUCUACUCAAUGACAAUGCUCUUAGAGAUGUGAAGAUCCCUCCAGGGCCUAGGCUUCUCAUUCUCGAUCAUAUUCAAAGGGACCCAGAGCUGGUGAAAGAGAGGAGAUAAGGAUGUAGCCAAAAGAGGAGGUGGGGAUGUAAGUUUUGGUACAUUUUUAGCUUGUUCCAAUGACAUUGUGUUUUGAUCUCGUUAUGUCGACAAAAAUAGUCUUAUUGUUUAUUCCCUUGAAAAUCACCAAAAAAUCGUCUGUCUACUGUUAUUGCAAUAAUAUAGCAAGAAACAUGGAUGUCAGAACUGUUGAACUACAUCUCAUAAAAAUGAAAGGGUGUUCAAUCACA